GAGGAAUCGAAGGCACCGAGAGAGAGAGAGAGAGAGAGAGAGAGAGAGACACUGUCUGGACGAGGGGAGAGACGAAGUGCUGCGAUUCUCCUCCAAGAUGCGUCUUCUGGUGACGAUGGUGACGGUGAUGGUGGCGGUGUGCGACGAGCUCAUGGUGGUGGCCGCGGCCCAGUCCCGGUGUGACCCGCUGACUCAGUACGAGAAGGCCGGCCAGUGCUGCAGAAUGUGUUUUCCAGGCACCAGCAUGUCAAGCACGAGCACUUGUACGGAUCCUCAGUGCGAAGAAUGUGGGGAGGAUGAAUAUCAGGAUAAAUACAACACCGAGCCCAGAUGUCAACGUCAGCCGUACUGCAACCCACUUAAAAACUUCCAGGCGUCUGCACAACAGAGCAAGAAGAAACGAAGCACCUGCCUGUGCCGGCUGGGUUUCCACUGCUCCAGUGAAGCUUGCAUGACCUGUGUGCCGCACACAACCUGCAAAGCAGGACAUGGGACUAGGUCCAUAGGGAACCAGACCCAUGACACGGUGUGCCAGGAAUGCCCCGAAGGCUCAUUUUCCAUCAGCAACACGUGGGACAGUGUCUGUGAGAAAUGGACGGAAUGCCAGAGUGGAUACCACGUCCGAGAGAGGGGCACAGACGUGUCUGACAGCGUUUGCGAGGAAACGUCCCGUCAGCAUGUAGCUCUGAUCGCAGUGUUUGCCGUCGCAGCCUGUUUAGUCGGUGCACUCGGUGUGGUGUUUUGUCUGUUCAGAGGAGAUGCAAAAAGAAGAGCAAAGGGCUGUGUCGACUUGUGCCACGGAGACCGAUGGGAGCUGCCGAAAGAACCCAGCCUGCUGUCGUUCACCCCCGUCGACCAGACGGAAAAAGUGCCCAUGUGUCCUGAGCUGCAGUCCAUUCAGGACGACGAGGACAGAAUGAGGACGCCAGAGGAAAACGAGGACGACCUGAGGGACGACAUGUCGGCGGACGUGGUCGCUCUCACUGAAAACGGAAAGUUUGUGACACAAGAGCGGGGCAAAACAGAAAUCCAGCCCCAGCAGGAGUCGCAAACGCACACGUACACAGACUGAAAGUCCUCGUCGAUGAAAUAUGUAAAUGUAAAUGUUACCGUUGUGUCUCGUAUUUCACUUGCACCUAAUUCUCCUAACGUAAACGUGUGUGUGUGUAUAUAUAUAUAUAUAUAUAUAUAUAUAUAUAUAUUUCCCUUAGUGUUAACAUUAAAAUGAAAAUUGUGCCGCAAUGUCUUAUCGUGUAAUUAUGUUAGAUUGUGUCAUACUCUAUGACUUGAAUGUUUUAGUUUGGACGUUGGUUGGCAUUUUGUAAUUUGUGGGCUCAUGUUGUGUUUUGAUGUCGUCAACAACUCUUGUGUCCGUUCUGUACAUAAUAUUUCUGUUCAUAUUGGGACAUGGUACAAACUCCUGUUAUUGAGCUGAAGGUGCGUCUUGAUGAACAUGUUUUUCACAUUUAAACUCUGUUACCGGAAAUCGUACUGACAAAUAUCAUUAAACCACUUAAAUACCGGGGAGAACUUAAAAA